AUGCGACAACAAAACAGUCCUGAAAAGUCGAAACUCUACUACAUAAAUAAGUCAGAUCUGAGGAAUCUCGUGGUAAAGUACAAAAUUCAUCCUAGUUGCCGCAACGACGACGACAUGACGUCGUUGCACAUGAGAUCAGAAGAGCAAAAUCCUGAAGAUGGCAUCAAAGACAAAAGGAAUUUGGCAAGGCCGUUCCGGGUUCGCGAAUGUAAUGCAGCGCACAGAGCUGCCCUCAAGGAUUAUGAAAACAAUAAGAAGCUUAUCACAAACACUGGUAGCGAGAAAUGGGAUGUGGAAGCCCUGACAUCCAACAGAACAUUUCACGUUGAGAUGAAAAUCUCCACUGCAGAGCUUGCGGAGUUUGCCCUCAUAAGCUCAGAUGUACCUGUGGAAGCGCAGCGAGAAGAAGCCAGAGACAGCCGAGACAUCCAUCAAGUGACCAGCAGGGAGAGACGUAUGGAGUUAUGGAAGUCCGCUCAAAUUAGCUACACGGUAGUCAACGACAAGAUCAAACGGCUCGUCAAACUGGAUACAGAUGAAACCAUGGAGAGUCUAACGCAGAUUGUUGAACGUCUCCAAGCAGUUGAAGUAUUCGCUGCCUCGGUGGAGAAUGGAGAAUCCGGCCCCUCGAUGGCUGCGCGACCAGAACUGACUCGCCAAGGCGCCAAGCUUCACCUCGAGCCAAUUCGCGUGGAAAGGGACCCGGCGUUGCCUCCUGACAUGGAUCUGGAAGAAUAUGAGGCCCAAAUCACUGAGUGGCUGAGAUGUGAUAACGAAGGAUGUAAGAUAUGGGUCCACUCAGCAUGUGGUCGAGCGAGGCCCAACGGGGCAUGCACAUAUUGUAAAACAGGACAUUACUCGCCUUGCCUUGAAUAG